AUGGUUCCGGCGCCGAAUCCGCGUCUGACAGAACUCUUUGACCAGCUGCGUCAAGAGUACGAGAAUCAAUCUCGAAGCCAUGGCGAGUGUGAGCAUCAAUUGACCGGGCAGCUUCAAGAGAUGGAGAUGAUCCGCCAGCGAGUAAGUCAGUUGGAGCAGGCUCAUAUGGAUAUGAAACAAAAAUAUGAAGGCGAAAUUCGCGCUCUGCGAAUGGAGCUAGAGUCUCGCGGUAUCCAUCUCCCGCCCUCACACGUUGGUGGUCCUCCAACCCAUGGUGGUUUGUCUCAGGCGCCGCCCCCUGCCUUAGGCCACGGUCCCAGUAAUCUCUUUGGUGGUAUUAUAACAAACCAAGGUGGCGGGCCCCCUGCUUUGGCCCCUCCCCCUCCUCAGGACCAACAACAGCCUCCUCAGCACUCCAUGCAGCAACCAGCUUCAGGUGCGCAAGGACCGCCCCAGCCACAGCAAGGCGCAUUCGGCGGUUAUCAACCGAAUUCUGGUGUGAAUGGUUAUGGGCCACCACCACCAACUCAAACUUCCUCUCCUGGCCCUGGAAAAGUACGUGCGAACAGAGCACCUCCUGGACCCGCUACACCCCAGCAAAACCAUCCGGUGGCGUAUCCUGACCCUAGAGCAUCUCCACAGAUUCCACAGCCUACUCCCCCCGGCCAACAAGUGCCCUACCGUGUCGGUAAUGCCCUUGGAGAAUUAGAGCCCGACAAGCUUCCCCCGACCCAGAAAAAAGAAGGCAGCGAUUGGUAUGCUGUGUUCAACCCUGAGAUCCCCCGUGUCCUGGAUGUCGAGCUGGUCCACACUCUGUCCCAUAACAGCGUUGUUUGCUGUGUCAAGUUUAGCUCCGAUGGGAAAUAUGUUGCAACAGGUUGCAACCGUUCGGCCCAGAUCUUUGACGUUGCCUCUGGACAACUGGUAACGACCUUGCAAGAUGAAACGGCGAAUAAGGAGGGUGACCUUUAUAUUCGUAGCGUUUGCUUCAGCCCAGAUGGAAAAUGCUUAGCUACUGGUGCUGAAGACAGGCAAAUUCGGGUCUGGGAUAUUGCGAACCGAAAAAUCAGACACAUAUUUGCCGGGCACGAAAAUGACAUUUAUUCCCUCGAUUACUCGCGCAACGGCCGGUAUAUCGCAUCUGGCAGUGGAGACAAGACCGUGCGGAUGUGGGAUGUGUAUGAUGGAAAGCAAGAACUUAUCCUGAGCAUCGAGGACGGCGUAACAACUGUUGCUAUUUCUCCUGAUGGCCGAUACGUCGCUGCUGGGUCUCUCGAUCGAAGCGUAAGGGUAUGGGAUACCACGACUGGCUACCUUGUGGAACGUCUGGAGAGCCCCGAUGGCCACCGAGACAGCGUGUACUCCGUUGCAUUUGCUCCUAACGGCCGAGAUUUGGUCAGCGGUAGUUUAGAUAAGACCAUCAAGAUGUGGGAGUUAACUCCAUCGCGUGGUAUGGCACCUGGCAAUGGUCCAAAGGGUGGAAAAUGCGUUCGUACAUUUGAAGGCCACAAGGACUUCGUCCUAAGUGUUUGCUUCACUCCAGAUGGCCACUGGGUUCUGAGCGGCUCUAAAGAUAGAGGUGUACAAUUCUGGGAUGUGAUGACUGGCCAUGCCCAAAUGAUGCUUCAGGGCCAUAAGAACUCUGUCAUUUCUGUUGCACCCAGCCCAACAGGACAGCUCUUUGCUACUGGCAGCGGUGAUUGCCGUGCUAAAAUCUGGAGCUACGGUCCUUGGGGACGUCGGUAA